AUGGCUACCAAUUCCAUUUUUCGAGAAUAUAUUGGUGGCAAGUCAUACCCAGAUGAUUUGAAUAAUUUUCCUGAUAUCAUCAAUUCCAAUUUGCAAGAAUUCCACUUCAUUCUUGCGUUUGCCACAGAGGACUACGAUAAGAAUGGAAAAGGUACAGGAGUUUUUAAGGCAACUUGGAACGAAAGGUACUUUAGAGCUGAGAAAAUUAAGCAAUUGAAGGAAAAGUAUGAAAAAAAAAGUGUAAAGGUGAAGGUGAUAAUAAGCAUUGGAGGUCGUCUAGUAGGUCGUAAGAAUGUGUUUGAUCCUGCUGAAAAAGAUGUAUGGCCUGAUAGGGCUAGGAAUUCACUCAGAAGGAUCAUUGAUCUCUACAAUACCCAAGUCGAUUGUAGCUGUGAGGCUAUAAUUGAUGGCAUUGAUAUCAACUAUGAGAACAUCAAAUCCAAUAACAUUGACUUUGCCCAUUGCAUAGGGACACUUAUAGAUGGCCUAAAGAAUAAGGAUAAAGUGAUCAAAGAUGUGUCCAUUGCUCCUUCACAUCCCACUUAUUCCCAUUACCUUAACUUGUUCCGAGCUCACAAAAUGGAUAUUCAUUGGGUUAACUAUCAAUUCUACGAUCAGUUUUUGCCCUCAACGGAUGACUUUGUAGAACUCUUUCAACAACUAUCAGAUGAUUACCAAGAAGAUAAACUCUUGGCUGGAUUCAGCACUGAUCCAAAUGACAAAGGUAUGCUAUCACGUGAGGUCUUCUUUGAGGCAUGCACCAAGCUCAUCGAUACUGGAUCACUCCACGGUAUUUUUGUUUGGAAUGCUAAUGACUCUGCAGAUGCUGAUGACCCUUUCUUCUUUGAGAUCAAAGCUCAAAAACUCCUCACUGGAUCUGAUUCCAAGUAA